AUGGUCAACUCCCACAAAAUCAUCUCUUGCCUGCUCGCGCUUGGCUUUGUGAGCCCGGGCUCUGCAGGCUACAACCGCACAAGUCAGACAGUGACCUACACUCCAUUGCACGAAGAAUGGAUUGACGAAGAGUCUAACUCAAAUGUGACUUUGAGCGCAAAGUUUGAUUUGAUCAAUUCUGCCUACGCGUCCCUUUAUGACAAGGAGGAGACGACUGACUUGUCCAAACGAACCUCCAUCACUGUGAUCGCCGAAGCUGCGACUGUCAUCGGCGGCACUGCUACGGUGAUCAUUGCGGCUAAUUCCGGUGUCUCGAUUUACAAAUACAUCGCCGGGAUUAUGAAGAGCAAGUCAGACGACAACUCUUGUACCCUGACGUGGGGUACUGACACAGGCGAUGGCUAUGUGGAGGGUUAUGCCUAUGAAGCCACAACCACCGGAUCUAACUGUGAAACCACGGCCGAAAAGAAGACUAUGGUGAAGGCUGUCGAGAAGUGUGCCAACUAUCUGCACGAUUCUGGUGCUACUCGUGGUUGCUGCAAGAUGAACCAUGGCGGCGGAACUUGGAGGGGUCAUUUGCGACUGUCGGCUGAGCCCACGAAGUACCCUGCGCACUCUGUCACCUGCUAG